AUGGCCCGUUUCGCAAUUCCAACAACAGCCAGGCUACCAUCCUCAUUACGAGUCGAUGCAUCCAAUCCUGCUGUUACCAAGAGCCUCAGUCGACUAUCGCGAGAGUCACUUAUUUCCUUGGCAUUAGACUGGCUCGACGAUGAGAGUCUACCCAAUGCGGUACCCUAUAUCGAAAGGAGGAAUGAGGAUGAUGAUGAAGAAAGCGAUGACCUCUACCCUCCCUGCCAAUCAGUUGACGACUUGCAUCAACUUUACAUUGACAUGCAACACCAAAAAGGGUCAAAAAGAGACGUCGUUAGCAGAAUUGUUGAAGGUGACUGGAGGAUUGGCCUGACGCUAUACCAAUUGGCCAUGGUAGACAUGGCCUAUUUCGAACAGAAUCCAACAUCUCAAAGAUGGACGGCAUAUUCGAUUCUGCCCCUGAAGCAGCCAUCUCAAGCUGCUGGCGAAGACCAAGUGCUCAAGGUCGAUCAAGAGAACCUGACAAUUCCACGAUUUCAUCCCUCAACAUUCCUACAAAACCUUCAGACUCAUGUGUUACCGGACGUCAAGGCACAUUAUCACUUUCACAGACCAAAAGAUAUACCUGUCUUGCUCUUACGGAUAUUUGUCGUUGACUCCCCUUACAAUACCGACUUUGCCCUGUCAGGUCGAGACGCUGCUGGCACUGCGACCAACUUCGACUCGUCAAGAACUGUGUACAUUGCUUUUCCAGACGGAUCACCUUCACUCUACAUUACAAAAUCCCAGGCCACUGGUUCUGUCGCUUCGGGUGAUCUGAAGAGUCUGCAAAGCUUGAUCGUCGAUGGAGUUCCCAAAGCCCUCUCACGUCCUCGUGAACGAUACACCCUCAAAGCAGGCAACCUUUCCAGCAAGAACCUGGAAGCCUUAUUGGAAAAGAACGGGUCUGGUCGCGCAAACGCUGCAGGAGGUGGCUGGAGCAUCUAUUAUAGCGAAUCAACAAAAGUGUCGCCAUUGGACACCGUUCUUCCAAGUCCACCAUUGUCUCGAGAAUCGUCAUUCAACAACCUCAAGCGUGGAGCGCCAUUGACUCAAUCACAACAAGCAUCGAAAAAGGCAAGGCUUACUGCAAAAGCUCGAUUUGGUGAUUCGGCUAUUGUUACGGAUGGAAAGGGAGUGGAAAAGGUUGACGUUGUCAUACAAGAUCCAUUUCCUUCUACAGGUGUGGACUUGAGCGAACCAGAAGGCGAAGAGAAUGAGCAGGGCAACACAGAACACGGCAGCAAAAACCGACGGAAGAGCAAGAUUACCGCAGUCAUUCAGGAGGCAAAUGCUACAACAGAAGAGGACAACAGAAACGAUGCAACCCCAUCUCAACGAUGGACGCCCACAGUCAAAGUCACAUUCUCAGGAACUCACGUCUGGGCAGGUGUGCGACAACUUGUCGAGGCUGGGAUAAUUGAUGGGGAACGGAUGCCUGGGUGGAUGACGGGCGAGGAGGGUGUGACGACAGGACUUGUGAGGCAUGGACGGAUACGUGGGUACAAAGGCUCUGGCAUAUGA